UUCAAGGGCGAAAAUUGCCAGCUGCAAACCAAUGAAUGCAGUCCAUCACCUUGCAUGAACAGUGGCUCGUGUGAAGAUUUGCCCGAUGGGUUUGUCUGUCAUUGUCGGAGAGGAUGGACAGGCACUCGUUGUCUGACCCGCGCACUCGCCUGCCAUUCGGAACCUUGUCUUAAUGGCGCCAAAUGUGAAGAUCUCAUGGAUUCGGAUGAAAACCAACUUGUUGGGGAUCCAUCUGAGCACGCAACUACCGAGCCGAAUAUAAGACGACCAGACUUGCGAGCCACUUACGUUGGGAAGGCGAGAAGAAUUACUGCUCUGGGCUUCUAUCGUUGCCAUUGUCUGCCUGGUAAGAUUUCUAAGGCACAAGAUCACUCAUCACAAUUGGCACUGACCUUUCUAAAGCAACUUCUACCAACAGGGCAAAAUUCGGAUCCACAAAACAAAACAAAACAAUGUCUACAACAUAAGUGUGUAGAAAAUCUGGGUUUCAAAGAAUCCCUUCAUAGAUUGAGGUUGGAGUCCUUUUCAUUUCGUUUGAAGAGGCGAGUGGAAGGGCUUCGUAAGUUGGUUUCAUCGGAAGUUGUGGGGGAUCGUCUUGGAGCUUUGAUUGUAGAUUUGUGCUGA